CUUCCAUCAUCGAUAACGGCGAUAAAGCAACGCCCCACUUUCACCAUGGCUGUAAGACCAAGACCGAAAAUUCGUGCUUUGCUUAUAGACAUUUCUGGUACUCUGAUGAUCGGCUCGACGCCCACACAAGAAGCAGUUCAAGCGCUUGCUGAGCUGCGGCGCAGUAAAUUCCCAUUCAGGUUUUGUAGCAAUACCAGCAAAGAAUCCACCUCAGUCCUUCAGAAGAGAAUGCUAGAUGCUGGUUUUGACGUGCAAACCGGUGAAUCGCAAGAACUAUGGACGAGCCUUAAGGCCGUACGGAGUCUUAUCCGGUCAAGGGGUCUCAAAAGACCGUAUUUCCUGUUGUCCGAGUCCGCUAAAGACGAAUGCAUUUCCGGAGGACUGUACGAUCAUAGUGCCCCCUAUGACGCGGUAAUUGUGGGCUUGGCGCCUGCGCUGUUCGACUAUGAUCAUCUUAAUUCUGCAUUUCGGAUUCUUGUUGGAGAACAUGAUUCGCAGAAGCGGUGUGGUGAGGAUCCGAAGGCAUCGAUCCCCCUCAUCGCUUUACACAAGGCGAGAUACCUAGAAUCCUCGGGCCAUGGGCUUGCACUUGGUCCAGGACCGUUUGUCACCGCUCUUGAAAAUGCCACCGAAAGGGAAGCGGAGGUGCUCGGCAAGCCCAGUAAAGCUUUCUUCCAAACGGUGAUUGAGAGCCUCGAUUGUGAGGGAUACGAUUCUGAAGGAUGCAUCGCCGUGAUUGGCGACGAUGUCCGAACGGACCUUGGUGGCGGCGCCAUAGACCUGUGUCUCUGGAGGAUCUUAGUGAAAACAGGAAAAUACCGACCAGGGGAUGAGUGCAGGGAAGGUGUGCACCCUCCCGAUGAGGUCUGUGAUUCGUUCGCAGACUUUGUCAAUAAGUUAUUGUCUGCACAUGUUGCACAGUGUUCGAAAGAGUAAUUGUAGUGCUUUUUCACUUUAAAUAGGAACUUCAACGCUUGUGCUUUGCUAA